GCUCCGUCAGCUCCUCUGAUGGUACAACCUGCCACUGCUGCCGGGACACAAACAAGCUGCGGCACGCGCCACGAGCWCAGAGAGACGGAGGGAGAACAGGCAGCCGAGCAGACAGACAGACACACGUAGGAAGGAGGGGAAACGUACACCACCAUGGGCUGCUGUAACCGAGAGUGCGGACUCAUAGCCGGAGCUGYGAUAGGGGGUUUGGUAGCCAUCCUGGGUGGCAUCCUCAUCCCUGUGGGCAACAGCAUCAUCCGGGGGACAGUGCACAAGGAAGCCGUCAUUGAACCCGGUACGACAGCUUAUGAGACAUGGUCAGCUUCGGGGACAAAAGUGUACAGGCAGUUCUGGUUCUUUGACUUGAAAAAUCCACUGGAGGUUUUGCAAUAUGGGGCAAAACCAGCUGUAGUGGAAAAAGGUCCUUACACCUACUGGACAAGAUAUCUCCCCAAAGACAAUGUCACGUUCAGCCCCAAUCACACGGUGUCCUUCCUGCUACCUUUUGGUGCCAUCUUCGACCCGUCCAUGUCGGUGGGGACRGAGGACGACAUGAUCACCUCGCUCAACCUCGCAGUGGCUGGAAUGUACGCACUGGUUCCAACAGCACUGCAUGGGGUUUUGGAGAAAAUGAUCACAGACACCAACUCCUCCUUGUUCCAGUACCGCUCGGUGAAGGAAAUGCUUUGGGGCUACAAGGACCCCUUACUGAAAGGCACCUUGGGACUAUUUCCAGAUUACAACAGUACAUUUGAUGGCUUAUACAGCAUCCACACUGGCAAAGAUGACAUCUCCAAAGUGGGAAUGAUUGACACGUGGAGAGGAAGCAAGAGCUUAGGGUUUUGGAACGACCCCUAUUGUGACAUGAUUAAUGGGACAGAUGCUUCCUCCUUUGCUCCCUUUGUGAACAAGAAGAAGCCUCUUUAUUUCUUCUCGUCGGACAUCUGCAGGUCUGUAUCUGCCAGCUAUGAGGAGACUUUAGACCUGAAAGGGAUUGAAGUAUACCGCUACACCCUCCUACAGUCCACCCUGGCCUCCCCUUUUGACAACCCCGACAACAAAUGCUUCUGUUCAGACAUGAAGUCCACCAAGAACUGCAGCAUUGCCGGAGUGUUGGGCAUCAGCUCCUGUCAAGAAGGAAGACCCAUCUUCAUCUCUCUGCCCCACUUUCUGCACGGCAGUCAGAUACUGAGGGAGGAAGUGUUGGGUCUCUACCCCGAUGAGGAGCACCAUAAAACAUUUCUGGAUAUAGAACCUACCACCGGGUUUACUCUUAACUUUGCCAAGAGAAUCCAAGUGAACAUGAUGUACGGACCAUCGAAGGUGAUCACGGUGCUGAAGAAAGUCAAAGACUACACCUUACUUCCUCUUAUUUGGCUUAAUGAGACGGCCACGUUGGAUGAUGAAACRGCCGACAUGUUUAAGAAAGAGCUCAUGUCUCGGCUCCAGAUGCUGGAGAUGGUGCAGCAGGCGCUGCUGGGCGUGGGCCUCAUCGUCUUCRCCCUGUGUCUCAUCGCCUACAUCGUGGUGAAGUGUAGAAGCAGCAAGGGCCCAAGCAAGACCGCCGCUUGAUUGUAGUCCUGCGUUUGGCUGUUUGUGUCGAUGAAGAGCACAGUGCCAUCAAGCUGCUAAGCGACAUCGAACCUUUUGAUAGAGACUUGCACUUUUUUUUUCUAAUUUCAUUAUUUAUAACCUCUUUAUGCGGAGGAUACUGUGAUUUACUUUUUAAAGCACAAGAGCAGAAAGUUGUUUUUUUUUUGGGCGGGGGGGGGCAAGUUUUAAUUUAAAUUCAAACACACUGUAACACAAACUCAAUCAGGGAUUUCAUGAGGGAGAAUAACUCCUCUCAACUGUCAGGUAAUCCUUUAAAUCUCCAAGAGGAGAGGAGAGGCUCUGUUUGACAACCUGUGACAGAAACACACACACAAAAGAAUAUUAUAUUGCGCAAAUGUUCCCAUCGUUUGCUGAACUGGUGUCUUAAAAAUAAAUAAAACCAGAAAAAAACGGA